AAUAAGCAACACGCACUGCGUGGCGCAGCACUUCUUUGGGAAGUUCUAGCCGACAACCACCCUUACAUAUUAAACGUACAAACCAUGCGUGCCUUCUUCAUGAUACUGCUCGCUGUCGCCACCCUGCUGAUCAGCAGCAAUGCUGCCACAGUGAAUCCGCAGGCAUCCCAUGACCUCACCCAAUCGACCGAUGCUAACGAUGUGAAACUGAGAAGUGGACGGUUGCUGAGAAUAGAAACAAUGAACAACCAGGCCACCGACACCAUCGACGAAGAGAGGGCGGCGAUUCCGGAAGUACUAAAGAAGCUCUGGGCAUCCACGUCGAAGUGGUUUGGCGACAAGACUCUGGCGACAAAGCUGCAUUAUCACGCAAUGAAAAUGAAAUUGGACGAUAUCGCGGAGAAACUCGCGACAAAAGGUGUCGACCCUAACCGAGCAUACAGGGUCUUGAAGCUCGAGAAGGACAGUAAUCGAUAUGUUAACUGGUUUGAAAGUGGCGAGUUCACACUGUGGAAAAAGCUUGCCAAAGCCUACCAGGAUAAGAAUCCCACGUGGAAGAACCACUAUGCUGACGCUUAGUCCGAAAACUGGUCGCGAAGUUUUGUUUGAUUUGAUGAGUGUGUCUAGUGAAGACGUUUUCAGGAGUUGCGGGUCGUCAAUAAAGCUUACGUACGCUGCUCGACUCUAUUCUAGAAUGGGCAGCAGUGGAGAGGUUGUCGUUGAUAGUGCCGGAUAAACAGCGCGAAUGAAGCGCUGUGUGGUAAACAAAUAGUCACUAUUGUUCAACCAACGAUGUUGGUUUCUCCCAGUUUCAUGUGCUACAGCAACUUCAUAUUUG